CGCAGACCCUCCGCCAUGGGCAACACGAGCAGCGAGCGCGCCGCGCUGGAGCGGCAGGCCGGGCACAAGACGCCGCGGAGGGACAGUUCGGGGGGCUCCAAGGAUGGGGACAGGCCCAAGAUCCUGAUGGACAGCCCCGAAGACGCCGACAUCUUCCACUCCGAGGAAAUCAAGGCUCCAGAGAAGGAGGAAUUCCUGGCCUGGCAGCACGAUCUCGAGGUGAAUGACAAAGCCCCCGCCCAGGCCCGGCCCACCGUGUUCCGAUGGACAGGAGGUGGGAAGGAGGUCUACUUGUCUGGGUCCUUCAACAACUGGAGCAAACUUCCCCUCACGAGGAGCCAAAAUAACUUUGUAGCCAUCCUGGACCUGCCUGAAGGAGAGCAUCAGUACAAGUUCUUCGUGGAUGGGCAAUGGACCCACGAUCCUUCUGAGCCAAUAGUAACCAGCCAGCUUGGCACAGUUAACAACAUCAUUCAAGUGAAGAAAACUGACUUUGAAGUAUUUGAUGCUUUAAUGGUGGAUUCCCAAAAGUGCUCCGAUGUGUCUGAGCUGUCCAGCUCCCCACCAGGACCCUACCACCAGGAGCCUUACAUCUCUAAACCGGAAGAGAGGUUCAAAGCCCCACCCAUCCUCCCACCACACCUGCUGCAGGUCAUCUUGAACAAGGACACUGGUAUCUCUUGUGACCCAGCGCUGCUCCCGGAGCCCAACCACGUCAUGCUGAACCACCUCUAUGCACUCUCGAUCAAGGACGGGGUGAUGGUGCUCAGUGCAACCCACCGCUACAAGAAAAAGUAUGUCACUACCCUCCUCUACAAGCCUAUAUGAGAUGAUGAGAGCCAGCCGUGGACCACAGGGGACAGCGGACAGCGCUGGGCUCUCUGUGUGCAUGUGCAUCCUCACUCACUCUGGGACAUCUCACCCACCCCAGUCUUCCUUGAAGGUUUGUCCAGGCACAGCCAGAAUAGGGAUGGGACGGCCGCCUGCAGCCCCAGCACCGCAGGGCAUGGGGCUUUUGUGCUCGAAGCAUCAUCCCUGCCACCGACCAGAGAUGUCUACAGCCAGACCUGAACCUGGGGAGCAGGGACUGAAGCCACACAAAAGUCCUCAUUGUCUGAAUGCGGGAGGCCGCCGGCCUGUGCCUGCUGAAGCCUGGCUGGGAAGAAAGCAGUGGUCAGUCUUGCCUGUCCUUCCAAAUCAAAGCAGUAGAUUCUAGAUCCUAUGGAAAUUCGAUGUCUGAUCUCCAGAUGCAGCUUUGCAAUCCUCUCCCGACACUGUGUGCACUAAGACCUUUUUAGCCAGAGUGGCGGGCUGUCCACUCCUACUUAAGGCACUAAGUCACCAGGAUGAACUAUAGAUCAUGUGACUACAGUCAGCAAUAAUCGUUCUCAAAACACUUCAAAACCCACUGCCAUGUUCUCCAUUAAGCCGGAUGUUCCUGAGGGCUGGCCACCGUGGACUGACUCCUUAUUUCAAUUGCAAUGUUGGCCAUGUUACCAUGACAACCUGGUUGCAGCACCAACCCUCCUUUAGUUCCAGCAUGUGCUACUCAGCUGGGGACCCAGGUCUCUAGUGAGCAAAGAGGAUCAUGGUGGUUACUGUUGCUUCUUCUCAAAGAGCUUGGACCCCUACAGCAGACUGCUGGGUUUCCAGCAGGGUGAGCACGAAUGAACCUACUCAGUCUGGUUUCCAUGGUGACUUCACAGCUGUGCUCAUUGGUACAGGUUCCUGCCAACAGAGGCAGGCACAAGCUUGGUGGUGUCCAGUGUUCAGUUAAACCUUGAGUUUUGGGGACCUUUUUGUUACUGUUUCAAAACACUGACUUGCUGUCUUCUUGAUGUACAAGUUUCAAUAAAGCUUUGUAAAAAUAACUGGA